AUGGACAAGGAAAAGAAAAUAUUUGAAGAAAGACCAUCAUUGUGUUUCUUAUCACCACCACUUCAUUUUAUUAUUUUCUCUCUUUUCUGUUUCUCUCAUUCUUUAUCUCUUUCGUUCGCUCGCCCGCUCGCUCUCUCCCACACACUUUUAAUCUCACCUUUCUUACUUUCUCGUUCUCUUACAAACUCAAUCAGCCCUUUCUAUAUUUUCUUUAUCUAUCUCUUUCUUAGUUUCUCCGCCCACUUUCUCUUUUUCUCAUAUUUUUUCUUUCUUUUCUUUCUUUCUUUCUUUCUAGCUGUAAAUUCCUCCAAGCCCAACAUUCCCCCACCACAAUUACUCAAGUCGAGUAGGCGGGGUAGUGAUGUUUGGGGUGUUAAAACUAUUUCUUCCAGCGGAUACUUAUUAUUCAAUUUCCGACUGUUUGUUAUUUAUACGAUAAUAGAUUUCCCACCUUCGUGA